AUGGCUGCUCGUCGUUUUAUCAAAGGUCUCACAUCACCAUGGUCUCUCGGAUUUUCAGGAUUUGGACUGGCCUAUGGAUUGUAUCAUAUUUGGGAUGCUACUCAAUCCGGAGCCAAAUAUGAACUUGAUGAGGACUUGGCGGGGAAGACGUAUAUUAUCACAGGUGCCACAUCUGGAAUAGGGCAGGCUACAGUAGAAGAACUAGCAAAAAGAAACGCACGGGUAAUCAUGGCUUGUAGAAAUCGUGAAAAAUGUGUGCAAGUACGUCGAGAUAUUGUGUUGAACACCAGAAAUAAACAAGUGUACUGUAGACAGUGUGAUCUAGAAGAUUUCGAUAGCAUACGGAGUUUUGUUCAGAAGUUGAAUAAAGGAAAAUUUGAGCUGGAUCGGAUAGAUGGUGUCGUACAUAACGCUGCUAUGAUGGAUUCAGAGAGAAAAGUGAACAAGGAUGGAAUUGAACGGACGUUUGCCACGAACCACCUAGGUUCAUUUCUGCUCACUGGCUUGUUGCUAGACAAAUUACUUGCUCAGGAUCACCCCGUUAGGAUAGUCUUCCUCAACACAAACAUAAUCAAUAGAAAAUGCGAGUUAGAUUUUGAUGACCUAAAUGCUGCCACCCGUAAGAAAUACGAUGGAUUUGAAGUUUACAAGCAGAGUAAGCUUGCAGCUGCCAUGUUUGCAAAAGAACUCUCCGAAAGGUUAAAAGAUUCAAAUAUAACAGUCACAGUCGCCGAUCCAGGUAGAACAAAAUCGAACUUGUCGGCGCAAAUGGAUCAUCAGACUUUCUUCUUGAGUCGGUGGCUACUUAGAAUUGUCAGCUUCGGCAUGGGAGAAAGACGAGUAGAGAAGGCGGUACGACCUGUGCUUUACGCCCUUGCUGAUCCUGCCAUGGAAGGAGCUAAUGGAAUGUUUAUAGAUCGAGAACGUCAUGAACAACCUUGGAGCGACAGUGUAGAAGACGCUGAAAAGCGACGACGAUUGUGGAAUACCAGUGAAGUUUGGACCAAACUCAGUGAAAGGAUGGCUCAGAUGCGACAAGAAAUCGGCGAUGCCGCAUCAUCAUUAGACAGACCAGUCGAUGUUAAGCAAGUAGCCAGUAGCAGAAGUUGGAAGAGAUUGUGGCUUUGGUAG